AACAGUAGAACGCCGCGAAAUAAGAAUUGUCGCUUGCCCGCAAGAUGGAGUCAUUUUAGCGGAGGGCCCCACUGUGAAACUCAUACCGACUCUCCUGUGGCGAUGGAUUGGGGAAAUUGGUGGAUUCAAGUCUGCCACGGCAGAUCACCACCAUCACCGCUGCAGGUCAUCGCAAAGGAUUGGUCCAUCUGUCUUUUUGACAUUCUUUGCAGGACAUAUUCCCCAUCAACUACUGUAUGUGGGAAUCCUUUGUCACUAUCAGUAUCCAUGUAUUUGUGUGGAUCGAAUAGCUCACUGAGCAACCCGAAGCGAAUCACCAUCCGAUUUGGACGGAUGGCGUGUUUAAUUGCAGGCUAUCUCUGGUUCACUUUCGGUGUACCAUGGAUUGAAGCAAGUCAACCGAUCUCCGAUUAAGAUUUUGAAGGCUUCCGCCAGUUCCGCCCACUGUGGUGGUUCUCUCGGCCCCAUUGGCCCGCUCUUCCCAGUGAUCUGCUUCGGAAUUUGCUCGCUGGUGCUUGGGAGGCUUAGUAGGGCUGUUGGCAAAAAAAUUCGAAAAAGGGAACAUGAGGCAAAACUCAGUUCAAUCCAAUCUUGGCAGAUUACUGCUUGCGGUCGGUUCUUAAACCCUUUGGCCACGGCCAUUGUUCCACUCUUGCUCUUCUCCAGACUGUAUUGCAUUGUCUUUCAUACUGUAGUGGUUGUCGGUUCCUUGAUUUCCUUGAUCAUGUCUUUGCCGCUUCCCAAUGAUGUUCUCCUCCUGGUCGGGGAGUUUCUGGAAGACCACCAAGAUCGGUAUAACCUUGUCUUUGUAUGUCGACGCUUCCAUGACCUCUUCCUGCGUUUCGUCUAUAGGUCUGCGACACUCAAGAGUUGUGCGCAGACCCAAUCCUUCUUACAUGCUAUUCUCCGUAAGCCCGAGCUGGCUCGGUCAGUGCGGAGUUUGCAUUUUGAUGAUUGGCAACAACAUCGUUCCUUUUCUUCUCUCUCUUCGUCCGAGCAAGACAUGACAUCAUUGAAUAAAUGGGCUGAGGCUAUUAGCCAUUCCCCUGAGGAAUAUGUCAAAUGGAAGCAGGAUCUUCUUCAAGGCGUUGAGGAGGCCUGGAUAGCGCUUCUUUUGCCUUUGGUAAACAACCUCAGAGAGCUGCGACUGGUAUAUCCGAAUAAAAAUGCAUACCUGGAUCGAAUGCUGCAGAGGGUCAUGAAGGGCGAGAAACCCUUUGAUGAGCAGCCCGCAUUUAGCAUGUUGCAAAAGGUAUCUCUCAGUCAUCAGGAUUCUGAGGAGGAUACCAAAGGCAGUUAUAUGCCAUCACAGAUCUUUCCUUUUUUCCGAUUGCCGUCAAUGCGGACAUUUUCAGCGGAUUCGGUGAUUGAGUCUAACCCUCCGCAAGAAGAUAAGCACACAUCAACAGCCGAGGCCCCGGUGGCCGGGUCCUCUCUGAUCUCAGAGAUUACUCUCAACUCCAGCAAUGGCUCCCAAGGGAUGGAGAACUUGAUUGCUUCAUGCUCCUCACUCAAGUCUUUCAAGUAUCAACACUCUGAUUCACACCUGCUUGCCGAGGGCUUCCAGCCGUCCGCAUUUUACCGGUCGCUGGCAGGCAGUAAGAAUAGCCUACAUACCCUUUGGCUUGAUAAUUACGGGGACCAUCUGCCAUUUACUAUUGCCGGGGUUAAUGAAACCCACGACGAAUGGUUCGGUAGCUUGGCAGAGUUUACCGCGUUGAAAGACAUCCGCAUUCGCCUACCCAACCUGCUUGAUAUUCGAUACCAACCCGAGCCUUCUACUGUGCUUACCAAUGUUUUGCCGCCAUCGGUGGAAUCGCUCUACAUUGAAAGUUGCAAAGAGAACACCCUGGGAAUGUUAAUUGGGCAGCUGAAAAUGGUGCUCAACAAGCGACAGACCCGCUUCUCUAGAUUGCGACGCUUGGACAUCGAGGGUUUCUUCCAUGAGGAGGAAGAUGAAGACGCCUCGGGGUACCAGGAGAGCGCGGCUACUACCGGGGGCCAGAAGGCUAUCAAGCCUCGAGUAUACGAGAUAGCUGAGCCACUCCGGGCGGCCUGUGCUGAGGCUGGCAUUGACUUGUUCCUCCGCGACCGUGUGGUUUCAUGAUAACAUCACCAUACUUUUGCAUCUCAUUUAUAGACGGAUAGACCGUGCUUUUCUUAUUUUGUUUGCAUAAUACCCGAU